AUGUGCAUCUUUAGUCUAUGGUACAUGCUGGCAUUGUGUUGGGGUCCGGAGGAGGAGGUUGAGGAGAUCAAACUUCAGGCUAGGCGCCAGGUUGACCUGAAGAUGGCUCAGCUACUGAGAAGUUGUGAGUUAGAGUUGAGGGAUGGCAUGACAUCGGAUUGCAUCUGCCGAAUGGUGAUGAUGGAACACAUUAAUUGUGCUGGAGUUAAGAGAAGAAAGGCACAAAGUAACCGACCAUUAUUAUGUCAUCCAUUCACUUAUCUGAAAUAG